AUGGGGUCGCGGUUCAACUACGAGACCAACAAACCUGCUGUUGCGGUAACCACUUUCGUACUUCUAGUCUCGGUCAUCUUGUCUGUCUCUGCGCGACUGGGGACCAAAUAUGGAUUAUUCAGGAAGCUCGCUCAUGAUGAUCUCGCCAUCAUCGCGUCACUCUUAUUUGCCAUACUCCAAGACAUUUGCAUAGCUCUGGCGGUGGAUUCUGGCUACGGAGAUCACGAAACCGAUGUCUCCGAUAAUAACUUCGACCAAAUAAUGAAGAAACUAUUUGCAGCUUCUUUUUUCUAUAUUCUGAGCCUCCUAUCCUCCAAACUAUCCCUGGUUCUGUUUGUCGAAAGUGUAACGCCAUUGAUAAGAGAUAAAUGGAUUGCUCGAGCGGUCAAGGCUACUCUCCUGGCCUGGGCAACUGUGAUCAUCUUCGGCACUGCGUUUCAAUGCUCCACGCCGCACACGUGGGAUAUUUGGAAUGGCCGAUGCUUGAACCUGGUGUGUCUGCUUUUCAUAUCUGCCUCCCCUCAAUACCGAUUCAAACCACGCGCAUUAAUACCGGUACAGCUGGCAUGGCGCUAUUUUGUUGCAGCCUCGAAUAUCGCUACCGAUCUACUCAUCAUUGCCCAGAUUAUGGUCUUAAUUACCAACAUUCAAACUUCCAUUUCGCGCCGUCUGACGUUUUUCGGUAUCUUUGCGCCUAGAAUUUUUUUGGUAAUCGCAGUCAUGAUCGAGCUCAUCAUCUUGAGGAAAUCCACUUAUACGGACGACCAGACGUACCGCAUGUACGAUCUCACAAUUAUCAGCGUCAUCAUCCAAUGCGUCAGUAUUGUGACGGCAUCCUGGCCUCAACUGAUGCCUUUUCUCUCCUGGAUGCAGUCCAAUGGGCUCCAACUUAAUAACGCCCAAGACCAGUCUUCAUGGUCGUACAACGUGGCCGUGCAAUCGCAAAUACAGGCGAGUUCGCAGGACCGCAAAAGCAAAAGCCGCAGGGCCUUUGCUCCUUUGGUGCGCAGAGAUCAGAUCCUCGUGACGCAGGAGUGGGAUGUUCAAAGCCAAUCGAGCGCCGCACGCAUAAUCGGAGAAGAGGAAGAUGCAUUGCCACAUGGUGCCAUACAGGGCUGA